CGAGCGAGCGAGCGAGCGAGAGACCUGAGUCACUGGUUCACUGUUCACUGGCUCGCCGGUUCACCCCUCUCUCUGUGUCUCUGUUUCUGUGUGGUAGUGCUUACAGUGGCUUAGAGCUGGUCGCUUGGCCGAGGAACUCUCCGUCCGCGGCGAAGAUGGAGCAGAUCAUGGCCAUGUACAAGCUCGAAGCCUUCGGCAUCAUUUAGGCUCUCUGGGCGCUUCCCUUCCUUUCCCUCCCCUUCUCCAGCUCACCCCCUCUCGCUCUCUCUCUCCUUCCCUCCCUCCCUCCCUCUCUUCUGUCUCUCUCUGUGUGUGUCUCUCUCUCCGACUUUUCGCCGGAGAUGGCCUGCCGGAGCAUGAUGUCCGGGAACUUGGAGCCGGAGAGGAAGAGGAGCGGCGGGCUGAGGACGAAGCAAGCGGGACGAGGGUCGUGCCGUGGCAGUUAGACCCUCGCGCCCCCGCCGAGCACCGGCCCCCCCCGCUAGUGCCCCUUUCGAUUCCCUUCCUCUGUCUGCUGGUGCAUGCUUGGUUCGCGCCCGCGCCCGCGCGUUGCUUUGUCGUGACACACCCUCGGCGCCCUUUUGCUGUUUGGAGCUUCGUUGGGGCUCGGAGGCGAGAUGGGGUACCUGUUGAAAGAAGCUCUCAAGACGAUCUGCGGUGUGAAUCAGUGGUCGUACGCCGUGUUCUGGAAGUUCGGCUGCCAAAAUCCUAAGCUGUUAAUAUGGGAAGAAUGUUACUAUGAGCCUCUACGAUGUUGUGUUCCUCCUCCAACUGCUGGAUCUGUGAUUGGCAAAGUACCAAUGGGGGAGUUUGAUGGAUGCCUGGUCACUCCUGAUAAUCACUUUGCUAGGCCUGAGAAUCAUGCAGCGGAUAAAAUUCAGUCACUGAUUGACAAGAUGAUGAUAAAAAAUCAGAUCAAUAUUGUAGGGGAAGGAAUAAUAGGACGAGCUGCGUUCACAGGAAAUCAUCAGUGGAUACUUUCAAGUAGUUAUAAUGGGGAUGCCUAUCCACUCGAGGUACAAAAUGAGAUGCUUCACCAAUUUUCGGCUGGAAUGCAGACAGUUGCGGUCAUUCCAAUCACUCUGCAUGGAGUUAUACAAGUCGGUUCUUCUUUACACAUUAUGGAGAAUGUGAGAUUUGUGGAUGAAGUGAGGAGUUUGAUCCUGCAACUAGGGUUUGUCCCGGGUUCCGUGUGUUCUGACACGUAUGAAGCCAAAUUAGCUGUUUCUCUUGGAAUGCCUGUUGCAAAUCUAUCUAGAAAUGGUAAGGUCAUGAGCACCAAUGCUAAUUUGUCAGGCCUCGCUAAUCAUCAAUCUUGUUCUCAAAUAACACGAGUUCAAGAUAGUCCUUGGACCUCUGCUUUAGGAUUUCAGACUUCUAACCAGCCAUUGAGUUUGCUCGAAUCCCAUGGCCAACUUGGAGCUAAAGAUGUUGGAUCCCAAUCAGUUUGCAGUACACUUGAGGUAUGGCCGCACCAGCAGGCUGCUUUGUCUAAUGUAAGGACAGAAUCUUAUCAUCGAAGUGGUUUUGGCCAAUCAGGUGUUACCCGCAACCACAUGAUAUCGACAGAGAUGAAUUUAUAUUCAGAUGUCUGUGCUCGAAACCUUAUCAUUGAAAAGAGUCGUGCAUUAGAUGGCUGUGGCACUUCUCAAUUGAGAAUAAAUGGGGCAGGGCACAUUGAUAUGCAUAAAGUUUCAGACAUAACUCCAUUGCAUGGGGUCAAUAAUGGAAUGAGUUGUCAACUAAAGGAAAUUUCAAGACCGGUUUUCACAAAUAUGGAUGAGGUCAAGGUCCGUGGGAGUGAUUCAUCAAACUUGGAGGGUAUCCCUUUACUGAGUGUAGAUGACCGUACCACCACUGAAAUGAGCCAUUUGCUUUCAGGAGGCUCAAAUCAGACAAAUCAUCCCAUGGACAUGAAAGCUACUGGAAUUGAUUUUCCUUCUGGGCAACUGCAGAUGGAAAGUGCUCUCGCGGGAGCCUUCAAUGAUUCAAAUGAGCAUGUGUCAGUGAAGGAGCUCAUUCCCCAGUCUCGUCAUGCUUAUGAGAAGCGUAAUAGCACAAAUUUUAGGUUUGUGGAAGAAACUUCACAUAAUUCAUCAGGAGAUGAUUUAUUUGACAUAUUGGGUGUGGAAUUCAAAAAUAAAAUACUAAACAGCAAUUUCGGUAAAGUAAAUGGUGGCGGGCUUGAUGGGAGCCCUGGGAAGAUGGGCAAGGAAACGUUGAUUUCAGUGUUAAAGCAGGACUCUGGUUCCGCUUUAUACUCAACUAGUGAGAGCUUUUCAGAAAGUGGUGUUUUCUUGGGGGCUGGUGCCGGAGGUGGUGAUCUUUUAGAUGCUGUGGUUACUAGAGCUCCGAAGCAAUGUGCAGAUGAUGCUGUAUCCUGUAAGAUGACAUUGACAAACGUCAGUAGCUCCAGUGUCCCUAGUAGUUCUUCCAGCUAUAGCUGCUUUAGUGUGCUGGACAAGGUGCAACGGGAGUCUUUUGGAUUCCCAAAGCCUCUGGAAAAGGUUGGGACAACAGCCCCUUGUUCUUUCAUAUCUGGCCAGAGCAAGGAGGGAACACGCAGUCAUUCCUUCUGUGGAUCGCAGAUUAGUUCUUGGGUUGAGCAGAGUCAUGCAAUGAAGCGUGACAGUAGUGUCUCCACUGGUUAUUCCAAGAAGCCUGAUGAACGGAUAAAAUCAAAUCGUAAAAGGUUAAAACCUGGAGAGAAUCCAAGACCCAGGCCAAAGGACCGCCAGAUGAUUCAAGAUCGUGUAAAGGAGCUGCGGGAAAUUGUACCCAAUGGGGCAAAAUGUAGUAUAGAUGCUCUGCUGGAACAUACCAUCAAGCACAUGCUUUUCCUUCAGGGUGUCACGAAGCAUGCUGACAAGCUAAAACAAACUGCGGAAUCCAAAAUGCAGAUCAUUGACAGAGAAGGUGGAUUGCUUUUGAAAGACAAUUUUGAGGGCGGAGCAACAUGGGCAUUUGAAGUAGGUUCACAGUCAAUGGUCUGCCCAAUCAUUGUCGAGGAUCUUAACCCACCCCGUCAGAUGCUUGUAGAGAUGCUUUGUCAAGAACGGGGUUACUUUCUAGAGAUAGCUGACAUUAUCCGAGGAUUAGGAUUGACCAUUCUUAAGGGGGUGGUGGAAGCCCGGAAUGACAAGAUUUGGGCACAAUUUGCUGUGGAGGCAAAUCGAGAUGUGACGAGGAUGGAGAUAUUUAUGUCACUCGUUCCUCUUUUGGAGAAAACUGCCAAGGGCAGUCCAGUGCAGGACACUGCCAUGGAGAGAAUUCCCAUGGUCCAGCCCUGUAUGGCUGCUGCUAUGCCCAAGAUUGUGCAGUGACCACCUGCUAUAUAUUCUCUUUGGUCUGGCAAGUGUUGAGAGCGAGCUUGGUUCUUGCUUGCAAUGACUAACAUGGACUCCAGCCCAAAUCUGUCCAGCUGUUGUUAAGUGGCUUAACUGCUCAACGGUUGACCCACGAUAGGGUAGCGGGAGGGCUUUCUAGGAUGACUGAUCUGCUCCUCUCGCUCAACGAUUCGAUAUGGAUAGGCGGGGAAAAUCUGCAAUUCAUUUGUUUGAUUUUUGUUGCAGCUGUUCCUGAGGGAACUUGACAUUACUGGGCUGGACAUAUGAUCAAAUGAAAUGUUUGUUCGGAAUUGGCACUCUUAAAAAUGUUUUGCCUGUUCCUUACCUACGUGGGACUCCUUGUAAUCUGUACCGCGGACUCUUGUAACCUCUAUUUCUUCACUAUUCUUGUUUGGAUUUGAACAUUCUCAAA